AUGCAGCUACAGGAAUACCGGUUCUGGGAUAAAGGAGGUGUUAGAGGCGAGGGACUGGAGGCUUAUCAACAUAAGCUAAAGCUAGCCCUCAUAGGUCAAAGUAUUUUCGGACAAGAAGUUUAUAACAAGCUGAGAAAAGAAGGACAUAAAGUUGUGGGAGUAUUCACAGUGCCUGACAAGAAUGGACAAGCUGAUCCUUUGGCACUGGCAGCGGAGAAGGACGGCACUCCUGUUUUUAAGUUCCCCAGAUGGAGAGCUAAGGGCAAGCCUAUUCAGGAAGUAGUUGCAGCCUACAAAUCCGUUGGAGCAGAGCUAAAUGUCCUUCCGUUCUGUACACAGUUCAUCCCCAUGGAUGUUAUUGACUGCCCGAAACAUGGCUCAAUUAUUUACCAUCCAUCCAUCCUACCACGCCACCGAGGAGCUUCUGCAAUCAACUG